AUGUUUAUUAAUUUAAAGGUGGUUUCGAAUAUAUGGGAAGAGGAAAGAGUUUGGCUGAAUGUAUGUUUGAAUGGUGUUCAACCCAUCCUUGGUUUAGCCGUGGACCCACCCACUCAGAAUAUAUUUUAUAUACUGGAGGGCGAAUGUAUUCCUAUGAAAGAAUAUUUACAAAAACUUCCAUCGUAUGAAAGAAAAUGUUUAUCCAAGAAGGUAUGCAAGUCGAUAAGCCAGACCCUUGUUGAUCUUUUCAAGAUAAACUUAACGAUAAACCAGCUGGAGAUAGAGAAUAUAUUAAUAAAUAAAAAGGGUAAUGUGUUGUUAGAAAACAAAUUAUUGAUGAAGAACAAACCCUUUCUACAGUCUUGCCAACAAACAAGAUUCCAAGUUGGAGAUUCUGAAGACCUUAGAUUAAAUUCAAUCUGCUGUUCUCUAGAAAAGAAAUAUUGCACAACCUUGAAUCCUGGAAAUCCGCAAACAGAAGACUGUGAGAACCGGUUUUCAAAUGAAGAUUUGAACAGCUCUUUUAAAACAGCUGAUUCUGGGAAUUACUGUAGACAAAAAUCAGCUGUCAAGAACACAGACGCCGAAUUGUAUUUAGACGAAUUAAGUCUUCAACAAAUUUUCCCCGAACUAAUUUUAAACCGCUAUCAUAAAUUUAUCAAAAAUAUUGUAAGCAGUAUACUUGAAGUUUAGAGCUAGAGUUAUAUUAUUUAUGAAUAUAUUUAUUAAAAUUA